GGCCAAUCACAGACAAAGGAGCCCCUCGUUCCCAAGCUGGGACGAAUGGUAAAGAAUGACUUACAUAAAACUUACCGAUUAAAAAUGGAGCCAAACAAGUGGGUGCGGUGCAGUCAUAUGACCAGCAAGAUUUUUGCUUGCCGGGCUGGGAUAAAACUCCCCUAGAAAAAGGGAAAAAUGAAAAGAAUGGAAAGUGAAAAUGGCGAAAAAAGUCCUAGCCAAACAGAGGGAUGCUGAAUCGUAGACCGGGUACAAAGACAAAUAUGGCGUCCAUUUAUUAAGGGAGCGAGUGGACCCAUAACUACUAAGCGUAUGACUCCAAUGCUUCCGAAGUUCGUUAACUAUUAACUACGCAGUAGAUAACUACCGCCGUACCCCGAACUACUCGUGAUCGGUGAGAAAUCGACAAGGAAGGGACAUAAAACGGACCAGGCCCCGGAACUAACACCAGGAGGAGGCGACAGGGGGAACCCUCCUAACACCCCACCUCUGCGCAACUGAAGGAAGCUCAUUUCCUCUUGCCUGAGUCCCCGUUGUUACCUCUAAGUAACUAUCCAUGUCAUUUAUGGUAGUUAUAUAUUCAAUGAUUUUUCACGAUUUUGGUGUGUCUAAUUUUAGGCCUCUCAAUCCCGUUUUUUAUCCCGGGGAAAUCUAUAAUAGAUAGGAGGAGGAUAUCGGCAAGGAAAUGGGCAAGUUGGGUGUGUGCACUCCCUCUCCAGUCCCUCGAACAAUUGCCUGUAAAUUCAUCGUAGGCACGUAGAAGCUAGCACAGGGCGCGAGGCCACACAAGGGACGAAAGGUACUGCCCCUUUGAGUUAGCAAGAGGAAUGGAUCCGUCGUAGUUGAGAGCACUCUGUACUCCGUACAGAGUAGGAGAAUAAUGAGAGAGAAUGUCAGCCUAGAGAUGAGCCGAGCAAAAAAACACCCACCAACCAUAUCUCUCCAUACCGGCGUAAUACCAACUGAUGGUAUGGUAUAGUUCAUGCAGCGCUGUCAUUUAGCUUGUUUGUUUCCACCGCCCACUUUGCCAGUCCAGUCAUUAAAUUAAUUAAUAAUGGACAGGACAGUCCGGUAUUCGGUCUGUAAGCCCAUCCUCCGAUUCCGAUUCUUCUGCAGGUUCUCGUGGCUUGUACGCUGAGAGCAAAGAUCGUGUUUUGUGUGGCCGAAUCCAAACCCAACCACCAACCACCACCACUCCCACUCCCAUUCCCUCCCAUCCAUCAUCCAUCAUUGCCAUAACCACGGCACCCAGCGCCCAACUACGCUGCCAGCACCACCACAACGUCCAGCGCUCUCUGUCUAUUGCGAUUGGUGGUUUUCCCAAGGCAUAACUGCGCUGCUCGCUCACCCCAUGAGCUCCGGUGCCCGUAGUGUGUGGUGUGUGCCCAGGGUGUUUUGGAAUAUCUGUAUCUUUUUUCCCUCCCCUUGCGACCUCCAUACCCUUUUACUACCUAGUAACUAAUCGUUACAACUCCCGCCCCCUUCCAAUCAUCCAUCUACACCUAUCUCAAAUCCUCCCUUCUUCUGUAUUCUUGACAGUUGUCUGCUUACCGCCUCUCCGGCACCCAUACUGCACUUUUGCUCGAGGAUGCGCAACCUGGUUGGUCGGCAAUUGCGGUAACAUUGAUGAAGGCUCAGUAACCACAUACAUUGGAGGUUCCCAGGCCUAGAGAGAAGACUCCUUCGAAUUGGUUUGGUGGCCAAGCACUUGACCUCUACCUUCUCCCCACCACAACGAAGACCUGCCGUCAACUCGACCGAUGUGCCACGAUUCGAGAUUCUGUGUGCCUUGACCGAUCGUCUGUACACCAUUCCCACGGCAGCCCAUCAUUUCUCCUCCUCCCCCAACCCCGCCCACCGACUCGUGUAUGCCUUCUCAUCCCCGAUAGAUCUGUGCGGACCGCCGGUGUGUAGUUGAGGAACACAGGAAAUAUGGAGUCAGAGCGCCGCAAUGGGUUUAAGCGGAACUCUGCCCGCCAGGAGAGCCACAGCCGUCCGGUGGAACGAAGACCCAGUAAAAAAUCCACUUCCAAGGACCGUCACGGGAUUGUGUAUCCUGACAGUUUUCAAGACACUACAACCCGAGCGGAAACCCCCGAUUCUCCGCUGGACCAAACGAAUCAGUCCCCCGUAUCCGAUGCAGAGUACAUCCCACCAAGCACCACCGUCUCGCCACGCACAACCAUUCGCAGCAAACCUUCUGAAGCGAAACGUGAGUUUACACCGUUCUAUUCUACCGGCGAAGAAGAUGAAGUCCCAUCCGAGCAAAGGAGUCGAAGAUUACGGUCGCAGACCACGACUCUAGAAGAUCAGAGAAGUGAGGUCUCCCCCAAUUUCCUCUCAAGAACACGAACUAGAUUAGGCUCCCUCAAUACUACUUCUCCUGCAAGUACCAAGUCCCCAGAGGAUUCGAUAGGGUCCAUUGGUUAUCCUUCAAUUAUCCAGUCACCCACCCAGCGGCAGCAGAAAUUGAUUAAGGCACCACCGGGAGGACAAUCGUUGGUGUCGAAUUCUUCUCGCAUUGAUGCCGCCCUGGGGUCACCGUUGCUAAACACAGAUUCUUCAAAGAUCCUCCAAUUGAUGAAAACAACUUGCGGUCGAAUGCACGGGAUACUGUAUUUCCGUACCUCUGCUACUGCUGCUUGGACUUCGGGCUACUGCGCUAUCAAUGUCGCUACUGGAAGCUUGAUUUAUCAGGCCAAGGGUGAACCAGCGCUUGCGAAGACAUUGAUACCGGAUCUCCGCGGUUGCCAUGUUAGGACACUAUAUGACUCAGAAAUCCAGAGCUCAUAUCUUUCUGUCUCAACACACUCUUCUUCUCUGGGCAUUCAACUACGGCCCCAUGUCAACGAGACCUUCGAUUCGUGGCUAGCAGCACUGCUCUGCUGGCAACCCAUACGUCCAAAGGGGGUACGCGAUAAGAUGACCAAACCGCAAAGCGUGACAAUCGGCGAACGGCGUUUCACGGACCGUCGAAGGAACUCUGAGAGUACAGUGCAAAAGGAUGCUGCAAUUAUUAAAGUUGGAAAAAUGAUGCUCUGGGAUAAACCUAGCGCCGCUGGUGUGCAUCUCCCCACGUCUGCAGCGAGAGUAUCAGCGUUCAAGCAGCAGAGAGCGUUAUCGCCUUCAUGGCGAAGGGUGAGCUGCUCUUUACAAGAAAACGGCCAUGUCAAGAUCUUUCCAGAGUCGGAUAUCACUCCUAUACAUUUUAUCCAGCUAUUCCAGCUCUCUCGAUGUGCUAUUCAGCAAUUAGACCCUUCCGUUCUCGAAGACGAGUUCUGCAUUGCUAUCUACCCACAGUACACCGCCCAUUCCGGUACAGAAGUCACCACACGACCGAUAUACCUGUCUUUCGAGUCUCGAAUUCUCUUUGAAGUUUGGUUUGUAUUAUUUCGAGCCUUUACUAUUCCAGAAUUAUAUGGCCCCGAGCAGUUCCCAGCAAACGAAGACCCUCGAAGUCAAGCCUCACCCACAUCCCAUCCAGCUAUUUUAACUGACAUGUUCCGCAUUGAACGACUGUUAUCAGUGAGAGUGAUCGAGGCGAAGAUGACCGCACCUCUUAAAGACGACAGUGAUACUCCGAAAAAUAAAAAAAUCAUCAAAACCCAAGCAACAACAGGAAAAACUCAGCAGAAUAAUCGGGCUGCUGGAGAGUAUUAUGCUGAGGUAUUACUGGAUGGGGAGAUAAGGGCAAAAACCGCCAUCAAGACUGCCACAUCAACGCCGUUUUGGAGAGAAGACUUCAGCUUCCACGAUCUGCCACCUGUGCUAUCCAGCGCAUCAGUUAUCGUAAAGUCGCUUACCCCUACGCAAAAGGAGUGGACGCUUGUAACCCAUGGACCUUAUUCGCUCAAUCAAGACGAAGCCAGUCCAAUGACUGUUGGAGAUGUCGAGGUUGCUUCACAUGACGUAACGUACGGUAAAAUCGACUUGCGCUUGGAUGAACUAGAUGCGUCAGGUGUAGAGAAGUGGUGGCCUAUACUUGAUGACAGUGAGCAGCAGGUUGGAGAAAUGCUGAUGAAGGUUCAGCUCGAGGAAACCGUCGUCCUGAUGUCUCAAGACUAUGCGGCGAUGUCCGAACUACUACAUUCCUUCCCUAACGGCCUUACUAUACAGCUUGCACAGGUUAUACCCGCGGAGCUACGACCGCUAUCAGAAACCCUAUUGGACAUAUUCCAAGUGUCAGGCCAAGCUGGUGAGUGGAUCAUGGCAUUAGUCGAGGAUGAAAUUGAUGGUAUUCAUAAGGAGUCCUCGGCUAGCCGGCUAAGAUACACUAGCCGAAUCCACUCAAACGACUCCUAUGAAUCCGGACAGGAAAGGGAAGUCCUAGUGCGUGAUCUAGGCAGAUCGGCCACUGUCGAGGCAAACUUGCUUUUCAGAGGCAACUCACUUUUAACAAAAGCGUUGGAUUUACAUAUGCGCCGGUUAGGGCAGGAAUAUCUGGAAGAAACAAUAGGCUCAAAGCUUAGAGAUAUCGAUGAGAGCGAUCCGGACUGUGAAAUUGAUCCCAACCGAGUACAGCGACCGGAGGAUCUAGAACGGAACUGGAGGAAUCUAAUCAUUCUUACCAGCAGUGUGUGGACGUCAAUUGCUAGCUCCCCGUCGCGAUGUCCGGCGGAGCUGAGACACAUCUUCCGACAUAUCAGAGCUUGCGCAGAAGACCGUUACGGUGACUUCCUUCGGACAGUUACCUAUAGUAGCGUUUCCGGCUUCCUUUUCCUACGCUUCUUUUGCCCGGCGAUUUUAAACCCUAAAUUAUUCGGACUACUCAAAGAACACCCUCGCCCGCGUGCUCAGCGUACUCUCACUCUCAUCGCCAAGGCAUUGCAGGGAUUAGCAAACAUGACGACCUUUGGCAAUAAGGAGCCUUGGAUGGAACCAAUGAACAAGUUUCUUAUAUCUCAUCGCGUAGAGUUCAAAGACUUUGUAGAUUCGAUCUGCUCUAUACCAGCUGAGCGUCCGGCUCAGAUUGUCAAUCCCUCCUAUGCCACACCAAUUCAGAUCCUAGGCCGUUUACCUCCCACGUCGCGUGAGGGCUUCCCUAGUUUGCCAUUCCUUAUCGAUCAUGCCAGAAGCUUUGCCUUGUUGGUGAGAUUAUGGCUCGAUUUAGUGCCAGCUAAUUUCAGCGAGCUUCCAGAAGUCGAUACAAACCUCGUCAAAUUCCAUGAACUGUGCUUCGCGCUCCAACAACGCACCAAGGAUUGCUUAAAUAGGGCAGAACAGGCAGAGCGGCCAAGCGGCAAUCUGGAAUUGAAAUGGGAGGAGUUGGUUGAGCAGAUGGAGAAAUCCGCAACGUUCUAUGAGGAUAGUUCUAGCAAGGCAAACACACCCAGCGUGGAAACAAUAGUCGGCGGCCCGGGUUCUGCCUUUGCUAGCAGUAACCGGAAUUCGAUGGGCUACUUUUCGCGGCCUCCCUUCCCACACCGAUCGACGGAUGUCAGCAUAGGCGAUGAAGGUGACGAUGAUACCCCUUCGAGUUCCGCAUCAGCUACAGGUGAACAUGGACGGCUUCCCUUCUCGUCGUCCCAGCAGAAAUACGAGCCCCGCGAGAGUGCGGAUAGUUCGAAAAACUCUUCCACUUAUUCACUCGAGUAUUCGGAUACGACCAAGGGGAGACAAGCUAGUGUAUCGAGGGAUACGACGAGUAAAUAUCGGCUUUUCGAAACUUUCUCCCGACGCAGUAAGGGUAAGGAUAAGGAUGGGUCUAGCUCUGGGGGCUUGGGAUCCCGGUCGAGAGAACCAGGAGGGGAGGUUGGAUCACGAAAUGAAUUCUGAUUUCGAUGAUUCUGGGCUCAAAUGCCGCAAUCAACAAACCACUGAAAGGGGGAGCAAGCAUGCAGAAAAAAACGAUAGUCUAUUCACGACUUACAUUUAAUUUCUGUUUAUUAUUUUUAUUUGCCCUGUCAUAUCCUGUCUCUUUUAUCUCUUGAAUGCAUUUAUGAAUUAACGGGGUGUCUAUAUGUUUUAUUUUCUUUAUUUUUGCAUUUUUCAUUUGGCCCUUUUAUACAAUCUAAGCUUUCCCAAAUAUUUGUCUGGGAAUUUUGGGGUUGCUGUUCAGGGCUGCUUGUAUCAUUUUUAAAACGUUUUCUCCCUCCCAUGAGCCUUUUGGCUCUUGCUCUCCCUAUACCAACCUACUACUCUACCUAGGUACCACUCUUUCCUCCAGCAUUAUCAAGCCUCCCAGAAAGUAAUGCUUUUUUCUUGUCAUUUCUUCCCUCUAUAUACAAAACAAGAUCCCAUCUAUAUGUUUCUUCUCUCGAUCCUAACACACUUUCAGUCCCUCAUAACAAGGACUUAACAGGUAUAUUUCAGCUAUAAGCAUCUUCAUAGGACUUUUAGGCGCGGCGGUGGCUACCUAUUCUAUUUUCUUUCUAUUGCUUUUAUCUAUAUAUAUAUAUAUAUAUAUUCAUACGAUAUCUAGCCAAAUCGCAUCAAAUCUCCCAUGGGGCAUGCCUCCUGCUUUUGUAUAAAUACAGAUCUACUAGACCCCUAUCUAUACUCUCUGCCAGGACCUAAUUUCAUGGCGAGCUAACGUACAUACAAUACACCUUUUGUGAAGUCUUUUAACUAUCCACUUUUGUUGAAGAGAAUUUCUAUGCUCUUCCCGCGCUAUUUCCCGCCCCCUCUCCUUGUCUCUCUUCAACUCUCCCCCCCUUCAUUUUCCCUAUACCCCUUUUACCUCCCUGUCUUGUCUAUCAAUUUUUCAAUCUUCUACCAAAUGUGACAAAUCCCUCUGGUGUUGGAUAAAUACAGUAUAUAAAAGGUAUUGGAAUCUCUUAUCUAUUUCCCGAAAUACGUAGCUAAAAUUUUCUGGUGGCGUUUUAAUCAAAGAAUAGUUGGUAUCUGUUCGGUACAUGAUAUUGUGGUUGCGAUCUGAGGGAACGGAUGGCAAUCAUGUUAACUAAACCAGGUAUGUAUGUAUCUACUUAAAAAAAUAUUGUUCACGGUAAAAUCCGUACCGCAAG